AUGGCGGCUCGCGGCGUGGCACUGUUGACCCGCGUCCCCCUAUGUGCCCAGGGAAGGGGGCAAAUCCACCGUCCUAUUCAAAGGCUUCUCAGUUGUCCAGGAACUGUAGCCGCCGACCUAAAGAAAGAGGAUCAGCCAUCUGGGAACGUGGAGACAGGCUCUGAAGACAGAAUUCUCCAAAAGAGAUUCUCUGAGGUACAAAAAGAAAGACGAGAACAGGCUCAACGAACUGUUUUAAUAAAUUGCCCAGAUAAAAUGAGUGAAAAAAAGUUUCUCAAAUAUUUAUCCCAACAUGGCCCUAUUAAAAAUCAUUUCUUCUAUGAAAACUUUGGUCUCCAUGCUGUUAUAGAAUUUUGCCAAAAGGAAAGUGUAGCUUCACUGCAGGAUGCAGCUUGUACUCCAAGCCUGCGCAGAGAGGCUGCAAUUCCAUUCAGAUCGCGUUUCUUCAAUUUAAAGUUGAAGAAUCCUUUAAACCAGACUUCUGAACAGUCUUCCAUACAGUGUUGUAAUCAAUCACCUCCUUCAAGCAAGAAGCUUUUUGAAUUACUUUGUUAUGCAGACAGUAUAGACGAUCAGCUGAACACACUAUUGAAGGAAUUCCAGAUAACAGAAGAGAACGCUAAGCUACGGCAUCUUACCUGUUCUCUUAUUGAAGACAUAGCAGCUGCAUAUUUUCCGUACUGUACCAUCAGACCCUUUGGUUCUUCAGUGAAUAGUUUUGGGAAAUUAGGAUGUGAUUUGGACAUGUUUUUGGAUUUAGAUGAAACUGAAAGGCUCGCCUCUCAAAAGACCUCAGGAAAUUUUCUGAUGGAAUUUCAAGUGAAAAAUGUUUCUUCAGAAAGAAUUGCAACGCAGAAGAUCCUGUCUGUGAUAGGAGAGUGCCUUGAUCACUUUGGCCCUGGCUGUGUAGGUGUACAAAAAAUAUUAAAUGCUCGAUGUCCACUUGUGAGGUUCUCCCAACAGACCUCUGGAUUUCAGUGUGAUUUGACUACUAAUAAUAGGAUUGCCUUGAAAAGUACUGAACUCCUGUAUCUCUAUGGUGCCCUGGAUUCACGAGUAAGAGCCUUGGUGUUCAGUGUACGAUGCUGGGCUCGAGCACAUUCAUUAACAAGUAGUAUUCCUGGCGCUUGGAUUACAAAUUUCUCCCUUACAAUGAUGGUCAUCUUUUUUCUCCAGAGAAGAUCGCCUCCUGUUCUUCCAACUCUAGAUUACCUAAAAAACCUAGCAGAUACAGAAGAUAAAUGUAUAAUAGAAGGCCACAACUGUACAUUUACUACUGAUUUGAAUAGGAUUGAAUCUUCAGGAAACACAGAAACACUAGAAUUACUGCUGAAGGAAUUUUUUGAAUAUUUUGGAAAUUUUGCCUUCAAUAAAAAUUCCAUAAACAUUAGACAGGGAAGAGAACAAAACAAACCUGAAUCUUCUCCUCUGCACAUUCAAAAUCCUUUUGAAACUUCUCUCAACAUCAGCAAAAAUGUAAAUCAAAGCCAGCUGCAAAAAUUUGUAGAUCUGGCCAGAGAAAGUGCCUGGAUUUUACAACAGGAAGAUAAAGAUCAUCCUUCACCAUCAAGUAAUCAGCCCUGGGGGCUGGCAGCUCUGUUGCUGCCAUCUGUAUCAAAUGGCAAGUCUCUUGCCAAGAGGAAAAAGCUUGCAAGUGAAAGAGUUAAAAACUUGUUAGAAUCUAUAAAAAGUAACAAUGUAGAAAAUUCCAUAAACACCAAUGGGAAAAGAAGGGUUAGUACUCAAGCAUAAUGGCUGCUCCUUUGCUUUAAGAACUGGUUUUUACCAUAUAAAAUCUUCAG